AUGGCGAACGCCAUUUUGGCAGGGAGGUCCCUUAGGGACGAAGAGGUAUGUCAAGGCGGGGGACCUAUACGAUCUGCUGAAGGCGGCGCGUCAUCUGUUGACAGAGGAGAUGGAGCAGCGCAUGCGGAGGACGAUGGUUCAGGCGCGGACAUCGAUCCCGAAGAUGUAGUGUCGGCAUUUUCCCCUUUGUGUGAUGCUUCCGAGAACACGGCGCUUCAGGCGGUGAGUGACACGGAAUUAUCGUGGAGUAUUUCCGGCAUGGCUUUGCGGACUCUCAUCAUGGAGAUUGAGCGCGAUCGGAGGGAUGAACGGGGGACGACCGUGUUUGGAAAGUUGGCCUCUAAGUACAAAGAGUAUCGCACCAAGCACCGUGCAUUGGCCGAUGUCUUUACUCAAGAUAGCAAUUUUCAGCUGUUUCGUGAUGGGCUUAAGCAAAGAGAGGAAGAGUUGGUGCAGAAGGUUGAAGAGCUGAAGGAGCGGGACGACGAACUAAUGAGGGCCAUUGGUCGAUGUAGCGAGCUUGAGGUGGCCCUUAAGGCCAAGGAUGAUGUGCUUGAAAUGAGCAAGGGGAUAACGGCCAAGAACACCGACCUUCAGGCUCGGGGAAGGGUGACUGUCGUAUCUGAAAUAGCGGCCCUGGAGGACGCCCUCCGUGUUUGUAGGUCCGAGCAGGACAAAGAGGUGGAAACGUCAGCGCUUAAGGUGGCGAGAUUAGAAAAACGGAUCCAAGAUCUGGAGGCGGAGUUGUCUGUGUUGAACGAUCAGGUUGUUGCUUUGAAGGCAAAGGAAGUGUGA